AUGGUAGAUUGCCACCCCUCGCCAAUUCCCGCCAACAAAACCAAGAGACCAUCUCCAGUGAUGGCACCGAAAUCAGAAGACAACUGCAACAAAAUGGCUGCAACCCAAGUAAGAGAAGCCCUUGUAUCUGCAAUGUAUAUGAUGGCUAUGAGCCGACCUGAUAUAGCGCUGGCCGUUAACCAAGUCGCAGCUUAUGUCUCCAACCCUGGACCAGGACAUUGGGAACCGGUAAAACUAAUUUUUUCCUAUCUUGCUGGGACCGGCAAUUACGGCAUCCGUUACGGAGGCGAGAUGGUGAACAGAGAGCAGUCAUCCCUACAAGGUUUUACCGACGCAAACUUUGCUAUGGACCUCAUUGCUCGGAAAUCAACCACCGGGAUCUUAUUCCAGCUUUUUGGUGAGCCAAUCUCAUGGGGAAGCAAGAGACAACGUGCUACGGCAUUAUCGACAACUGAUUCUCAGAUGUAUGCUGCCUCAGAGGGAUCCAGAGAAGCCAUCUGGCUGAAGACAAUUUUGGGCGAACUUAAAAUCGAUGUCGGCCAAAUUCCAAUCUACUGUGACAGCCAAUGUGCGAUCAGCAUUAUAGAAAAUCCAGAAAACCAUCAACGGGUAAAACCUAUUUGGAAAUCGGACACUGGCUACCUUUUCCACUGGCCUUUUAUGGGGGCGACACUUGCUACCCCGACAGUGGCUACCUGUAUAAAGUGA